AGGAGCGGUAGCUCCGGGUGCGAGCGCAAAGCCCCCAAGCUGUAGGCUCUACUGAGCAUGCCCAGUGUGGCUGCCUAGAGCUCGCUCGGGCCGGUUCCGAGCCGCCAGCCUGCAACUGCACUUGCCGCGGCUGCUUUUGCAGCAGCGCGAGGCGAGGAUAACGAGCUAAGCCUCGGCCUCUGCCCAGAAACCCAGCCGGAGGCAGGAUAGGCUGUUGCGGGGCGGGGGUGGAGGACUGAUGAUGAAAGCUGAGAUGGGUGCGUUGAGCAGUGUCACUGACUCGAGUCUCAGGUUACCUGUGCACAGGUGGAAAGGACCAGGUGACCACGCUGGUCAGUAUACAGGGAAAUGCAGGGACGGUCCUUGCAAGGGGAAUACCCUCCCCCCGCCUCUGCCCCUGGAUUUCCGCGGCGUGGACUGCAUUCGCUCUUUUGCAUCGCUGUCGAUCACAAUCGUUCGCAGAGAUUUGACUGUAGCAGCCUUUGCCUAGAGAUUCCUCCUUUCCCCAACCCUGUGUCCUCAGGAUGUCAGUCUUAGCACAAAGAGCAACCUGCUAUUGUGUUUCCAGCGUGCAUCACCUCAUCCGGCUCCCUUGUAGCGCCCCACCUCUCGCUUCCCCGGUAACUCGGCUUGUUUGCCCUAAAAAUGAAAGCUCUCAGCCGAGCGUGCUGAACGUGAACACAUCGCCGUUGAAUUUCCAGAGCCCAAAGGGCACCUAUCUAAAUGAACUGAAAGAGGAUCCCCGUGAGUAGGACGCACCCCGCAGCCCUCUCCUGCGCCCGCUCCGGUGCCCCUAGGAGACUAGAGCAUCUCUCCCCCUCGGGCUCCAAGUCGGUUCGCCGCGUCGGACUCAAGCUCGGUUCUUAGAGACCACCUAGCCCCGCCCCCCCUUGGCCUCCGUGAAAACCCGGCGGGAUGGAUCGCCCGGGGCCAGGCUCCACGCGCCCCGGCCAGACCAUGCACGUUCGGGGUUACCAGGUUGAGUGGAAAGUACGGAACGGUAGGAAGCUGCAGCCCAGCGAGUGGGCGGGGCAAGGAGACCUAGGAGGGUUCAAAAGGGGGUGGAAGGAUACACGGGCCACAGUCGGAACUACUUUCCGAAGGAGGUCACGUGUGUUCCUAGUUGGGGAACUUUCCAAAUUCCCACUCCCCAGUGAUAGCUCCGGAGGCGAGUACUCUUCUUCUUUUGCUCGGGGUGUUCUCGCCUGGUGCAGGCUGCAGAACCCCAGCCCUUCCCGCGCCGCGGCGGAAACAGGGACUCGGACCAGCCUCCCGAAGGAGCGCUGUCGGGGCUGGCGCUUGGGGAGCUGGUUACACAAGCACCCACAUCCAAACACGUGCCCCCGCCUCCCCGCCUGCUGGCUGCCGCCGAUUCUUACAGAACGCGGGGAGAGAGUCCCCAAGCUGGUCCCAUUCCUCGCCUGCUACCCUAAGAGCAAGCCAAGGACGGAGACCUGAGACUCCUUGCUCUAGAUCGACCUAUACUGCGCCUUCCCAAACGUGGGAAAAGGAUCUGGGCGCUAGGGGUCUCGGACCUCUCCCUCGCUGAUGCCCUGCCCCUUAGGGUGAACCCUUUUAGUUCUGUGCUUGCGGGUAUCUCCUGCUGCAGCCCAGAGCUUGCAUUCUCUGAUGUUGCAACAAACGUCCAGUCACUACCCCUGAGCUGGUGAGCGCGCCCCACCUACUGUAGACUCAGCCAAGUGACUUAUCUGGUCUGAGAACCUCGUCAAUGGCCGUCAGCCCAGAACAAACCUGUCAAGUCCGCUUACAACCCCGACUGGGCAGACCUGUCGCCGUGAGAGAGCUAAUUCAGAAAUGCAGAGAGUUGGAUCGCGCUCCUUCUACCCCGCACCGCACCCGUCAAGGAUCUACAAAGCAAAUAGUCGACCCGCUUAAAGAGAAUGAGCAUCAACACCAGUCUGGGAAUUUAUUGUUUUUUCAUUUCCCUUAGGAAGUAGAACUCCAGACCACAAUUUGAGUGAAAAAAUGUCUAACGAGACCUAGGUUGAAGCACUGAGUUGUUUUUCAAACUUUGAGAGAAUGAGAAUCAAUCUGCAUGUGUGUUCAAUAAUUGUAAGUGCCUAGGAAAGUCUAAAGAGGAUUUAUGCCGUAUUUGAGAAAGAGGACUGUAUAUGUGCACAUCAUAGUUGCAGGCAACCUGUGAAGACUGGAAACCCCAAGAGACCUAGCGCAGAAAGCCACAGGCCAUUACCUAACUCCGGGACUACUAAUUAAACCUGGGAUAUUUACAGUGUUCUUAGAGAUCUCUGAGGCGCCGUAAAACUUUGCACUUAUAUACAGCAUUUAAGAUAGCUCUACAGGAGUUAACAACCUGCUGAAGCUUCAGUGUUGAUAUUUAUUGAAGGCUGGUUUUGUGCAUAGUUCUGGUCAGCUUGGGAAAGGCAAGGACCACAGUGGAAAAGGAAAUGGAAAGCAACCGGAAAAGAAUAAAAGGCAGGCCUCCAGUUGGUUUCCAGAGAUGCAGAUACUGUCCACAUAGCCUAGGGUGAACUACAGAUUUCAUUAUUUUAUAAAUAACCAAGGAUAAGGAGCUCCUGAUGCCUAGGUGUUCUACUAGAUUGCAUGGUAAAAACCAGAGCUGUGUUUAAUUAUCAAUUACUGCGUGGUAGAAAAAGGGGGAAUGAAGAUGAACCUUUAAAAGGGGAGUAGAUUAGAGAGGGGUAAAAUGUCUCACAUUUGUUUCUCAGGUUGCUGAUCUUGUCCCCGGAGUCACUGUUAUUAGCACUGCCCUACUCUGCUCCUCCCCUGGAGCCUACCGUAAGUGACAAAGAACCUCUGAACUCCGCUUUCAGGGAAGAAAAUGAAACAAGGGUGCAUUCCUGUCCCUGGUGCGACAGGAUCCUCUUGGAUUCCAUGGCACAGAGUUACUCUGGAGCAGAGAGGAUCUGCAUCACCAGCACUAAAGUGCUGGAAUAUGAGACCAGCCUCCAAGUACUUCCAUCUGGCUGAAGAAGGAAAAUGGGAAAUGGGUUUUGCUGCUUCUCUAAACAUCAGGUCCCUCUACUUCUCUCUAGUGGUGAAUGAAAGGAUCAUCAAUGUUGGCAGAUAUUUGGCCAGCCCGACAGCAACAUCAGGUGGUUAUUAGGAGUUGCUGAAUAAAAUCCUCCUUCUGUU